UGGCAAGACUCAAUUUGAUCUUCUCCUUUUCAAAUUGGUUAUUUUAGAAUCUAAUGCUCCAACUUAAGGGGUACUGAGAUAUAGUUCGGCAGGAGACCAGGGGAGGCGGUCUAGGAAGAACCAAAUAAAGAAUAAUCCAAAUAAAUUCAUCAUACUCUAAUACUCUACCACGCUUCCGUUAGCCACUAUUCGGCCGCGACUCGGCCAGUAAGUAAAAUUCUAGGGCUCGUUUUCUUCCCCUUUUUCUCUGUUUGCUCAGCUCCAAAUUCCAGAACGAUUGAUUAGGGUUCCUUUGAUUCUCUUAAUUUGCUGAUCACAAAAAACUUAGCUCUUCUGCAAUUCAAUAAUAAAUCUGGUUGCAAAAAAUAAAAAUAAUGGAUCGGGAAAGAGGUGUUCAUCCAGAUUGCAGAAAUGCAUCAAACCCUUACCAUGAAUGCGUUGAGUAUUGCUUCAAGAAGAUUGCCGAAUCCAAAGCUCGUUUCUCCGAAACCGACAAAGAGGUUACAGGAGCUAGUGGGAGCCAAGCCAAGCUUGAUGCAGCUGCUCCUGAUGAAAUUGAAUUAUCAUACAAUGAAGUAGAAACACAUAAAGAUGCUGAUAAUGCUGAUGACAAUCCUGAAGAAGCUACUAUGGAAGAAGUUGACUUGUCUAAACUUACAGGGAGACAGAAGAAGUUAUUUGAAUUAAGGCUUAAGAUGAAUGAAGCCAGAAAAGCCAAUCAAACAGCUAUGGUGGCAGAGAAGAAAAGAAUGGAAGCUCCUACUGAGUCAAGGGGAGUGUCCAAAGAGAAAUGGCUUGAAGAAAGGAAGAAAAAGGUUGGCAGACUUCUGGAAGCUAAUGGUUUGGACAUGACAAAGGCAUACAUGUUGGAUACGCAGGAUGCAGCAGAGUUGAAAUAUAAGAAAUGGGAGAAAGAUCCAGCUCCAACUGGUUGGGAUGUUUUUAAUCAAAAGUCAUUGUACAAUGCAUACAAGAAGCGCACCAAAAAUAUAGCAGUUGACCUUGAAGAAUACAACAAGUUGAAAGAACAGGACCCUGAGUUUUAUCGAGAGGCGUCCAGCCUUCAAUAUGGGAAGGAUCCAAAGACAUCUGAAGCUAAGAUUGAUAGAAUGGUCAAGGAGCUUAAGGAUAGAGAUGAGAAACGGCAAUCAUUUAGCAGGAGGAGGAAGUUCCGUGAAGAGAAGGAUAUUGACUCUAUCAAUGACCGUAAUGAGCAUUUCAACAAGAAAAUCGAACGGGCAUUUGGAAAAUAUACACUGGAGAUCAAGAACAAUCUGGAAAGAGGAACUGCAUUGCCCGACUGAGCAGAUUUUUACUUCCAGUAGCCGGUAUAUUGGACAAGUUGAUUGUGGACAAGGUGACGGCCUUCUCUGUGGAAGAGCCUCAUCAAGAAGAAUCUUCAUGAUGGACCAGCUCGUUCUGUAAUUUUGUAUUUUUUUUGUUGUACAAAUAGUGUUGGUAUGCAAGAAUGGGAAUGCCUAUCUAAGUAUUAUUCAAUUCUGUUAUAUCCAAUUUGAGUGCCCCGUUUUCCCUGCUACAUGCACCCUCAAGGUUGUCAUCACUACCAUUCUGAGGUACAUAAUUAACAUAUAACAGGAACCUCAAUGCACAAUGAUCUAAUGUAUUAACUUGAGUUGGCUAUACACAAGAAAUGAGCCCUGCAAAUUUUAAUUAGCUGGUUA